AUGUACAACAAACCAAUUGGCUAUUCCACUCAACCACCACAACAAGGAACCAAUACUGUAUAUCCAGGAACAACAUCCACACAACAGGGAAUGAUGAAUAACAGUUUUUAUGGAUCCAUUCCACAACAACACAACAAUAUGAUGAUGUACAACAAUAAUCCCAACAUGACCAAUUCCUCCUACAUGAUGAUGAGUAAUAACCCAUCAUCAUCAUCCAUGACUAAUGUCAAUUCCAAUAUCAUGUAUGGAAAUUAUGGUACUACCAAUAAUAACAACAUGAUGAUGAUGAGUAAUACCCAACCAUUCAGUUCGACAUCGACCGGAUCAACAAUGAAUAAUAAUAAUUUUAAUAAUUUCAAUAACAUUCCAACACCUACUAACGUGAUGAUGAUGGGCAACAAUCCAUCAACCAUGUCCAUUCCUGGUGCAACAACAUCCGGAGGAGUGGUUACAAACCCAACCAAAUUGCCUCCACUUCCUGUGAGCCUCACAAAACCUCGAGUUCAUCUUGUCCCAUCACUUCCGGCUCAUGAAAAGCCUUUAUCAACAAAGAGUCUUGGUGAGCUCUCACAGCCCAGAUGGAUCAUUCCAUACAACUUGAAAAUGAGCUCCAGAUAUUCAACGACUGGAAAUUCCAUUGAUUGUUUGAGUGAGGAAGGAGAAACAGCUGGUAUUUCAGGAGUUUGCACAAAUUCGGAAGACCAACCUUUUGUACAAGUCAUAUUCAAGGAGAAGGUCAAGGUUUCCCGAAUGAUUCUUGGUCCAUGCAUGAGACCUUUAUGGGGAACUACAUAUUUAGAAGGUUGUGUGGUGGAGUAUGAAAUGGAUGGGCAAUGGAAUCCAUUGACAACUAUAACAUUCCAAAAUGGAUUGAACACGAUGGACCUUUCGUGGAGUAAUGUUAUAUGUACGAGUUCAUUUAGAGUUAGGAAAAGUGGAACAGGUUAUAUUGGUAUUGGUGUGUGGAAAUUCUUUGGAAUUUGUCAAUACGAUGAAGAGGAACCAAUGGAAGAACAAGUGAGUGACGAAAUUGAUUCUGCAAAAACUAUGGAUUUACUUUGCCUUCCUUAUACAUUGAUAAUGAGUUCAAAAUAUGGAUCAUGCGAAAACUCAAUGGUUGCAUUGUGGGAUGAAAGCACGUUAGAUAUAGGGGCUGGCACAUGCUCUGAAAGUAAUGCAUAUAUCGAAGCAACAUUCAAAUGUCCUCAGUAUUUCACGCAUAUCAGAUUGAAGCCAUUAACACAAUCUGGUUGGGGAAGUGCCUACACAAACAACACCUUGUUGGAGUUUUCUGAAAAUGGUAUUGAAUGGAGAACAUGUAUGAGCUUAGUUGACAUCACUGAGAGUCAACCUAUCAUUACUCUUCGCAGUCCUAUUUUCUCUUCAAAUUGGAGAAUUAGACGAGAAGCUACUGGUUAUGUUUCAUUAGGACUGCUUAAAUUCUAUACAUUUAAACCAUAUUACAAUCCGUAUUCACAACCUGUCAAGCAACCAAAUCCUCUCAAGUAUACUCUUGCUAUGAGCAGCAUGUAUGCUCAUUGUCAAAAUACUUUUGAAAUUCUUCAAGAAGAAACAAAAAACGGUGGGGCUGGAACAGGCAAAGACACGAAUGCUUGGAUACAAGCCAACUUGGAUGAUAUUUAUACUAUUUAUACUCUCAAGAUUAGACCGAUUCUAUUACCAGAAUGGGGUGCUAAAUAUUUGCAAACUGCUCAAGUUGAGUUUUCUAUUGAUGGUUCAACAUGGAUCAAUGCGAAAACUUUAAAUCAAGUAGAACCUGUCACCAGUAUUGUGGCCAUUUCAAGAGUUCCUGCAAAAUUCAUUAGAAUCUCCAUGAACAAUGAUCAAGGUACCUAUGUCGGCUUGGGCACUUUUAAAGUUUAUGGAUACAAGUAA